AUGGCAGCAUCAAGUGCUAAGUGCGGUGUUAUCGAGCUAUUGGAGAAGCUUAUAAAGAUUUUCAAAGAGGAACAAGUGUUUGAUCAAACUGGUGAUCGUCCUCUUAUACAAUUCCUUUGUCCCGAAGAUUUGCAGAAGGAGAUAUCAUUUUCUUUGAACAAUGAACCAGCAAGCGAUGAGCAAAUCGAAGACGUAAUACGACAGAUUAUACGACGAUCUCUGAAAACGUUCAGUCCAAAUUUUCAUAAUAAAUUUUAUAGAGGCCUCGACGAGUAUGGAUUAAUUGGCUCCUAUUUAACGGAAAUAUUGAACACUAGCAUGGAUAUUUACGAAAACGCUCCUGUAUUUACUCUGAUAGAGAAGGUUGUGAUACAAGCGUCAUUGAAGUUGAUGGGCUAUCCAUUUCGCAGCGAUGGCAUAAUGACGCCGAAUGGCACUGUAUCGAUCAUGUAUGCAAUGAUGGCCGCUAGAGAAGCACAUUUCUUGAAUCAAAUUAAUAGACAAAACUUACCUACAUAUAUUUCAUUAUCGUGCAUUACCAGUGAAUGUGGCUAUCAUUCCGUUAUGACAGCUGCUCAUUGGUUGGGCUUUGGUACCAAAAACGUUUACACGGUAAAAACGGAUAAGUUUGGUCGGAUGGAUACAAAUAAUCUGAAAACAGUUUUAAAGAAAGUGUUAAUGUUGGGGACAGUACCGUUUUUUAUAAACGCUUCUGCUGGCACUCCCAUAUUCGGGGCUAUUGAUCCGUUGCGGAAAAUAAUAAAAAUUUGCACGCAAUGGGACAUAUGGAUACACGUAGAUGCUCGCGAUUGUGGUUCUUUGAUGUUCUCCAAACUGUUCCGACAUAGAUUACGAGGCAUUGAACGUUCGUGUUCAGUAACUUGGAAUCCACAUAAUAUGCUUGGUGCACCAUACCAGUGUUCUAUGAUCUUAAUGCAAAGUCAAUUUAACAGUUCACAUUCUUACUUAAAAACAAUACAAUUAAUGGAAGAAGAAAAAUACACAUUUAUGUACGACUUAAACACGAAUGUUAAGAGUAUACAAUAUAAUAGAAAGAUCGACGCAAUGAAAUUUUGGUUGAUGUGGAAAGCUCGCGGCAUGAGUGGUUUACAGCAAUUGGUGAAUACAGCUAUAUUCUGUGCAAAAUACUUACUGACACAAAUUAAAAAGACCGAUGGCUUUCGCUCGGUACUGGAACAAUACGAUAGUACCACUAUUUGCUUUUGGUACAUACCUCCGAGCAUGCGUAAUGCGGAAGAGACUCCAACUUGGUGGAAGAGAAUAUACAUUGUCACAGUAGAAAUAAAAAAACGUUUAAUUUUGGAUGGAUCUUUCAUGAUCGAUUAUGCGUCCUUACCGCAAUCGAAUUUGGGCAAUUUCUUUCGCAUAGUAGUGAAAUGUUAUCCGUUACCCACACCAACGUCCAUGGAUUACAUUCUUAAUCAAAUAGAAAAGGCCGGAGCUGACUUAUAA